UUGUUUUGUCUGUUGAUGUGGUUUUCAUUCGUUUAUUUUCCCGCGCCCUCCGACUUGUGUGGAAACUGUGAUAAUACCACCACACCUCAUACUUUUCCGAUCUCCGGCAAAUUCUCUCUCUACUUUCUCUCUCUUCUUCUCGACCAGAAAAAUAUGGGAGUCGUAGGAGAUGGAGAUGAAGGGGUGAGAAGGAGGGGGUGCUCAUGCACGAAAUCAGAUUUCAUCCCGGAGGAGUCGUUUCAGAGCAUGGGGAGCUACUUGAAGGCGCUAAGUGAGACUCCUAUGCGAUUUAAAGACCGGUUACUGGCUCGAUCCAUGGACUCAACCGAGAUCAAUGAGAUUAAGGCACGAAGUGAGCAUCAGAUGAAGAAGAACCUCACUUGGUGGGACCUUAUCUGGUUCGGGAUUGGGGCUGUUAUCGGUGCUGGAAUUUUCGUUCUUACUGGUCUCGAGGCUCAGUCCGUUGCAGGCCCUGCCGUUGUCUUGUCUUAUGUGGUUUCAGGAAUUUCAGCCAUGCUUUCUGUCUUCUGUUACACCGAAUUCGCCGUCGAAAUUCCCGUUGCAGGUGGGUCAUUUGCAUAUCUGAGGGUAGAGCUAGGUGACUUCAUGGCUUUCAUUGCAGCUGGAAACAUCCUUCUCGAGUAUGUAAUUGGUGGUGCUGCUGUUGCUCGUGCAUGGACGUCUUAUUUCGCCACUCUAUUGAACCACAAACCUGAGAACUUCCGGAUCAUAGCCCACAGCCUUCCUGAGGACUAUGGCCACCUUGACCCCAUUGCUGUUGUUGUUAUUGCCGUCAUUUGCGUCCUUGCUGUCCUUAGCACAAAGGGUUCAUCCCGCUUCAACUACAUUGCCUCCAUUAUCCACAUUGUUGUCAUUCUCUUUAUCAUCAUUGCUGGCCUUGUCAAUGCAGACACCAAGAAUUACAGGGACUUUGCUCCUUACGGUGCUCGCGGCGUCUUUAAUGCUUCAGCUGUUCUUUUCUUUGCUUAUGUUGGAUUUGAUGCUGUUUCCACCAUGGCUGAAGAGACCAAAGAUCCUGCUCGGGACAUACCAAUUGGUCUUGUGGGCUCAAUGGCUUUAACCACAUUGUUAUAUUGUCUGAUGGCCAUAACAUUGUGCCUCAUGGUUCCAUACAAGCAGAUCGAUCCAGAUGCUCCAUUUUCUGUGGCGUUUCAGUCUGUCGGUUGGGGUUGGGCUAAAUACAUUGUUUCAUUAGGUGCACUGAAAGGAAUGACGACAGUUCUGCUUGUUUCAGCAGUAGGUCAAGCCAGGUACCUCACACACAUUGCUCGUACCCAUAUGAUGCCUCCUUGGUUAGCUCACGUAAAUGCAAAGACUGGUACUCCAGUAAACGCCACCAUUGUCAUGCUCACUGCUACUGCUGUCAUUGCUUUCUUCACCAAGCUCGAAGUUCUCUCCAAUCUUCUCUCAAUCUCCACGCUGUUCAUCUUCAUGUUAGUAGCCUUGGCACUUCUCGUGCGCCGCUACUAUGUCAGUGGCGAAACAACAUCUGCAAAUCGCCUUAAACUCACAGUAUGCCUUGUAGUCAUUCUCGUUACUUCAAUUGCCAAUGCUGCAAUAUGGGGUGCCCAAGUGGAUGGCUGGAUUGGGUAUGCGAUUACAGUACCAAUAUGGUUCUUCGCAACACUAGGAAUCAGUGUUUUUGUUCCACAGGCAAGAGCUCCAAAACUAUGGGGGGUUCCACUAGUGCCAUGGUUGCCAUCUGCUUCAGUAUUCAUCAACAUAUUCCUUCUUGGAUCUAUUGACAGAGAUUCAUUUGUAAGGUUUGCUAUUUGGACUGGUAUUUUGCUGAUCUACUACUUCCUGUUCGGCCUGCAUGCCUCGUAUGAUACUGCUAAAGAAUCAGAGGCCAACAGAGGUCUAGAAGGCCUGCAGAAGAUGGAAGAAGGUGCUUAGCCUCGCUGUAAAGUUAACAGACAAAGUAAUUGUUUUACAAAUAGUAGCUGCUAGGAUUAUAGGUGUUUAAUUAGCUACAAUUAGGAGUUUCUCUUGUUAAUUACUAUUAUAUGUGUGCUCUUUUUAUUUUAAUUUUUUUUUUCAAUAUUAAUGUGUUUGUUGACAUAUAAAUAGAGUUCAAUUCUUUUUUUCAA